GGUAGUAUUCUUUUUAGGUGGCAAUGUCAUGUCAUCUUUAUUGAAAAAUGGCGUUUGUGUUGUUUUAAGAGUUUAACGAUAAACACAAGUUUUUUACGUUUUAGUGUUGAUUUGUGAUAUUUAUUUAUAUGUUAAAUAAUUGUCUAGCAAUAAAAUAACGUGGACAGAUGAAUUUAUUGACCGAUGUCUGCCGUGGCUCCCACUAUCCCCGGGGCUGACCCAUCAAAAGAUUUACAAAAGCGCCGUGCUGGCAGUGUUGGGUCCGAUGAAGACGACGCAAGUGGUGGGAAAUACACAAGGAUGGAGGAGGACAAUAUUCAAGACAAAGAGAGGUUCGCUAGUCGUGAGAAUCAUUGCGAGAUCGAGCGUCGGCGCAGGAACAAGAUGACGGCAUAUAUCACGGAACUAUCUGACAUGGUUCCAACAUGUUCCGCCCUCGCCCGCAAGCCCGACAAGCUCACCAUACUGCGUAUGGCAGUAGCACAUAUGAAAGCACUCAGAGGUACAGGAAAUACCUCAACCGAUGGCACAUACAAACCGUCAUUUUUAACUGAUCAAGAAUUGAAGCACCUUAUAUUAGAAGCGGCAGAUGGUUUUUUAUUUGUCGUUAGUUGCGACACCGGACGUAUUAUAUAUGUUAGUGAUAGUAUAGCACCAGUACUUAAUUAUUCUCAGGGAGAAUGGUAUUCGUCAUGUCUAUUCGACCAAGUGCAUCCCGACGAUGUGGAAAAAGUCCGGGAACAGUUAAGCACCCAAGAGCCACAGAACACGGGCCGGAUUUUAGAUUUAAAAACGGGCACUGUUAAAAAAGAGGGACAUCAAUCAUCGAUGCGUCAAGUGAUGGGGUCGCGUCGCGGGUUCAUCUGUCGCAUGCGUGUAGGCGGGACGGGCGCGGGCGAUGCGCACGUGGGCCGACUGCGCGCGCGCAACUCGCUCGGCCCCUCCCACGACGGACACAACUACGCCGUCGUACACUGCACGGGCUACAUCAAAAACUGGCCGCCGACAGAUCUGUUUCCAGGUAUGCAGAUGGAUCGGCCGGUCGAAGACGAGCUACACGCGUCACAUUGUUGCCUCGUCGCUAUUGGACGGUUACAGGUGACGUCGACGCCGACGAAUGCGGAGGGAGCGGGGUGCGGGGGAGCGGAGUUCGUGUCUCGGCACGCGGCCGACGGGCGCUUCACGUUCGCGGACCAGCGCGCCGCGCAAGUGGUGGGACACGCACCCGCCGACCUGCUCGGCAAACUCUGCUACGACUUCUACCACCCCGAGGACCAACAACAUAUGCGGGAUAACUUCGACCAAGUUCUAAAGCUCAAAGGACAAAUAAUAUCCUUAAUGUAUCGGUUCCGGACCAAAAGUAGAGAGUGGAUCUGGCUGAGGACAUCGGCUUUUGCUUUCCUCAACCCAUAUAAUGAUGAAGUCGAAUACAUCGUCUGCACAAAUACUCUCGCAAACCGUUCAUUAGGCGGCGCUGGUGGCGGAGAGGCGGCGGAGGAGAGCUACGACUACCACCUGCGACAACGUGAUGUGUACCACGCGCCUGCGCCCGCGCCAGCCGCACCGCCCCCCAUGCACCAGCAGCACCACGCGCCGCCCGUGAGCGGCGGGGGCGUGAGCGCGCGUUCGCCGGGUGAGGCGGCGGGUGGAGUGGGGGGAGUAGGUGGAGCGGGUGCCGUGUGCGCGGCGGGCGCGGCGUACGCGCACUACGCACCGGACUACUCGCCGCACCGCCCCGCUAACACGCCGCCCCACACCACAUGGACCACACUCAGACCAAGUGGGGGCGCUAGCGGGGAGAGCUACGCGUACAGCGGUGAGGCGGGGGGUGGCGGCGGAGGCGGCGGCAGCCCGGCGCGCUCACCGCCCGCGCCCGCUUACCUGCCGCCCGCCGCGCACUACCACCACCACAAUCACCACGCACAUCCCGCACACCCCACGCAUCCCACACAUCCCACACACGGUAAUCAUGCAGGCAUGUGGUCGUGGCAGGGCGGCGUGGGCGGCGUGGGGGGUGUGGGCGGAGUGGGCGGCGCGGCUGUGGGGGGCGUGGCGGCAGGCGAGGGGGGCCACGCGCCGCACGAGCUCUCCGACAUGCUGCAGAUCCUCGACUCGGGCCAGGCCACCUUCGAGGACCUCAACAUCAACAUGUUCAACUCCAACUUCGAAUAGCACAUGCUCUAUAGAUGAUUUUGGCAGCUGAGUCAGUGACAGCAGACCCCGCCCCCGCCGCACCACACGCACACGCCCCCUCGCCCCCACGCCCCACGCCCCACGCCCACGUCCACCACUCCGUGCGUGUAUCGUGCGUACUGAUCGAAAAAAAAUAUUGUUUCUGCACCUUGGAUAUGUUGUUAAAAACAUUCCAUCACGAUAUUUCAAUAUAAGGUGCAUUGUAUAGGUUAAACUUGUAAUUUUAGUACUGUAUUAUUAAUAAAUACAUAUAGUUA